AUGUACAUAAUACAUAUGGGAAGCUGCAGACGUGUUACUGGGCGUGCAACAGAAUUGCUACGUGGAGCCAUUUCGAGGGCCUUUGUGCGCAUGCUCAGGUGUUCCUCUUCAAUUUCGAAUUUUCUUUUUUUUCUUUCUUUCUCGUUUUUUCCUACCUUUUCUUCUAUCUUCUUCCUUCUCCAUUCACAAUGGUUUCUCACUAAAUUUAUUCUUCAUUUUUUUCUUUUUCCCUCAUUCCUAUUUAUUCAACUUCCCAGUUUCUUCUUCUUCAUCAUCUCCUCCUCCAUUACUUCAUCAUCUCCUCCUCCUCCACCACCUUAUUCAUCUCCUCCUUUUUCUCCUUAUUCAUCUCCUCCUCUUCCUCCCCAUUCUUCUUCUUCUUCUUCUUCUUCUUCUUCUUCUUCUUCUUCUUCUUCUUCUUCUUCUUCAUUUAACACUUCUGUUUUUCUUUAUUCUCCUUCUCCUUAA